AUGUUUUCCCCAACCGUCGCUCAAGGCGGCCCAGCGACAGCGACUCGCUCACGCCGUCGUCAGCGCCCUGUGAGCUCCGAACGCACUACUCAGCAACCGAAAGCCAAGAGACAGAGGCUGCCUCUGACGGAGCAAACCUUUGUCAAUCCGGAUAACCAACAGGAGAUGGUCGAGGUCAAGACUGAUGCCAAGAUCGCGACUCUACCCACCAAAACCAAGAGUAAAAACAUCGGGCCGCCAGAACCUCCAAGCCCGGUUUUGCGCAAGGAGUUGAACGUUCGUGUAAAAAAGGCGAAGCACGGCGACCGUGCCGCUAAUAAAGGCGAUGGAAGUCUUGUGUUGACAAGCACCAACGCAUACACAGUUAGCAAACUGCCAGCCUUGCCUGACAGAAUCCGCUCCGACUGGUCAGCUUACCAAACCGCCGACAUCUUCUCUACGGGCUAUGCCCUCUCUCUAACCCAAACACACGCCCUCGUCUGGCCCUACACAUCCACGUCGCAAUCCCCCGAGACCUUUACUUUCAGCCUCCCAUCAACUACCAGACCAAACGAACCUCUCCCUGUAGGAUGCCUCGUCUCACCAUCCGCAUCAUCUGCAGAGCCUGGCUUGGUUGUGGUUAUGGGAGGCAGUGGGAAGGUUGUAUACUGGGAAUCUAUUGCAAGCGCGGCCACGUUUGUUUUCAUGAAGAAGGACCGUACAGGCGUCGAGUACGCCAUCUCAGGAAUGCAUUCCGGGGAGAAAGUCGUGGCAAUUACCAACGCUGAAUCUGCCGGGUUCAUACUCACCUUUAACUCAGGGCGCCUUGCGUACAUGAACGUGCGCGAUAGCCAAGGUCGACCUUCCAUCUCAGUUCAGUUCUUGCGCAACAACUUGUCACCCCCUACUGGUGGCAUAUUUGGCAGUAUUCGACACGCCUUUCAGCACUUAUCUCUCAAAGGAGACAUUGCCGCCGUCCGAGCAGAUAGGUCUGCACGAGCAGGCGAGAGGAACAUUGUUGCUCUUACCGGCAAAGGGCGACUUAACGCCUGGAGGGUUCAUCGUGGAGGCCAUAACGAGAUUAUCGGUGAUGCAGAUGUACGCGAGGAAAUCAUUGCUGCCUUGCAGGAGACCGACCCUGUAUCUCAAGAGUAUCCCGAGGAUUCCUUCGAAGCAGUUGACUUUACUUAUGUCCCCAAAGGCUUGGAGUCAAAGUACCUUGAGUUGAGUAGGCUGAGUGAUGCGAUGGCCACCGAUGAUUCGUCAGUGCAACACCUCUUGGUUCUCGUCAGCUUCACCCUGCGAAGCACUUCUCGCUACGCCUUGGUCGAGGCUAUUCUAACCCCUAGGGACUGUCAAAUUGGCAUGAUCCGUCCCAUAACCUCAUAUAGUGCGCCAUUUUCAUCAUCUCAACUUUCCGAAACUCCACGACCACGCCUAUAUCUUCCUCGACCCGCCCUUGUUGCUUUUGUCAUUUUCGAUCGCGCAACUGUCAUUGCAUCUAUCGCUGUCCCGCCCCAAUCCCCCGAAUCCCAGCUUCAAAUCGACAGUCACAUACUACCUGCCGCUUUUGAAGAUGUCAUCGACUUCCGAGAAGAUGACGUACACGAAAUCAUUGGUUCUGGAUUUGAAGAAAUAGCAUCGGCCUCUAACCACGAGGAGAAUCGACUGCAUCGACCCAAGACGAAGAACCCCGCUGUUGUUCUCAUGGUGAGGGGAGCCGGCGCGGUGCGCAUUGUGACAACCGACGUGGACAAAUUUGCUAGUGACCAACCACCAAAGGUUUCCGCAAAGAGCAAGAUUGAGCAGGCAGUCUUCUUCGGCGUGAAGCAAGACAACCCCCUGAUUUUUGACGGUCGACAAGACAUAAAGUUUGCUGAUGAAGAAAUCGCCGAAGCUGCUCUUGAAAUCAGUCAUGAGAUCUUAAGUUCGAGCACCCCCUUUAUAUCAACCCUUCCGGCUUCAUUGGAAGAUAACCUGCGAGCUCGAUCAAAUGCGCUUGAAAGGUUAAUUACUCAGCUCAGAAUUAUGGGAGCAGAUCUCAACCGCAAGACACGCUGGAGCCUGCUGUACGAUGCCGAGAAAAUGCAUGUAGCUACUUUGCUUUGGAAGAAACAUGAGGGUUUCACCGCUGCACGACCGGCAAAUGACAAGAAGAGCCUUGUCGGCACGAUUGUUGAAUUCAUCCAUCAAGGUCAGAAGCACAACCCCGUCGCCGAGAUUGGCGAGGUUGAUCGCGUUCGUCACUGGUUCAUCAACGACGUCUUCCGCUUGGAACUUUUCGUUGCUUGGGCGUACGAAGUCAUCAAAACCUUGUACAAGGACAAUCUACUUGAUGACGCCAAGGUCAAUGUCAUGAUUUACGAAGCCAUUCAAGUCUACAACUGCACAUACACAGCAUCCCAUGAUUUCCGAAAGAACAGUCUUAGCUCUUACGGCCUUGGAUUCGAAGAGCUUCGCCUAGGCAUCCUCCGCGACGGAUACGAUGACCUUCCUGAGCCCUGGACUGGCUCUCAGUACGUCGCCAACAACGCCAAACGGCUCGUCGACCUCUCCGACCAGUGGGUCCUGAAGAACCACGACGCUGGAGAAUCGAACAAGGCAACAAACCAGCCGGAUCCUAAGGUUGUUUCCAAGAUUUUCGAGGAGCUCCCUACUCUCAUUGAUGGCAUGCUCACUUCGGUUCUGGAGUACGCUCGCUGGUCAGAUAAACAAACCGACCAGAAGGUCAUGUCGCAGCAAUUCGCAAAGGUGUAUGCAACUGAUCGCUUCGAGAAGCCUCUUGCGUUGGCACGUUCCGGAAAGUGGGAGGAAGGCGCCUCGAUUGCCGAGAAACACGAGUGCCUUCGUGCUCUUUCUGUUAUCCUGCUUGAUCACAUUCAGAUCCUCGAAGAUCGCCUUGGCGAGCCAGGACUUUCCCUGGUGGAAGCGCAGAAUCUAAAGCGGCUUAGGGAUAGUAAGAAAACUAAGCUGCAGAGUAGCUUUUCUACUUAUGGCCAGGCCUUCGCGUUCCCGGCCUAUGAGUUCCUGCUUCAGAAACACGGAGUCGAGGACGUAUUGGAGUUCGACCUCGAUAACCACGGCUUCAAAACCCAGUUCCUCCGUAGCAAGCCUGAACUGGCGCGGAUAUCGUGGAUCAAUGAUGUGCAACAGGAGAAGGACGUCGGCCAUAGUGCCGAUACACUUAUCGAUCUAGCGCUUAAGAAAGAGCAACAAGUCUGGAACAAGAAGAUCGAGUUGAGUCUAGGCAAACUUGCUCUUAUGGCCGAGCUUGAGGAGAAGGAUAUCAAUGCAGGUGGUCUCAAAGUCAACGCUGAUGAAGUCCGUGCCGAGGAAAAGUUGAAGCAGGUCGAUAGAGAGUUGGUUGCGAUUAAGAUCCAGGAUCAACUAUAUCACCAAGUUCUUCCCAGCACGUAUGAUGCCGUGGACGAUGCUGCCGCGCUCAACUUUGCCAUGGAGGUUCACAGCAUGAACAUUCCUCGCCGCCAAAAAGCCCAACACCAGAUUUUUGAAGAUGGCAUGAAGCGUCUCCUGCAACAUGAAGCUUUGGAUGCUAUGACACUGAUCGACCUUCUUACUUUGAUUUAUCUGAAACCCGAGUCACGGGCCGAAAUCGCCAAUCCUUUCUGGCUGGCUCUUCUCGUUGCUGAAAAUAGCUGCCAUCCCGAUGAAGUUAAGGAAGCCAAGCGGAUGAUUUGGAGGAGGCUCUUUAUUCGUGAUGAUUGGUCACGCAUUAACGACACUCAACUCAAGGAUGACCGUGAGGUAGUCGAGAGGUUGGAAGAUACGGAACUAUACUCUAUGUUGACAGACUGCAUUAGCUUUCAAGAUACACGGGAACCUUUCCGGCCUCAAUCACCCAACGAGGCCUUAGGUGCCUUUACCGAUAACCUUGACCGUCGGUUCCGCGACUUCGAGGCAUCAUUCCGCACAAAGCUGAUCGAGGUCAUGAAGCACGAGGACAAGCUUCUUCAUCAGUUCGUCGAGAAGAACCGCCUUAGCCAAUGGGUACACACCACCUUUGAGGCCGUACGAGCAGAACUAGACAGGACUUUAGACACUGCGACCAAAAACACGAGCGCUGUUGACACAGAUAAAGUUAUGGCCGGCUCGAUAUUUGACACCGACAUGUCGGUGGACGCGAGUCCUGUUGGACGAUUUUAG